AUGAUAUUUAUGAGGUAUAACUUCAUUUUACAUGAACUAUCAGUAGUGCAAUGACUAUAUAUAUACAUUAUUGGAUAAAUAUAUCUACGUUUGUUUAACAUAGACAAUGAGAGUUAUGGUUAGUGAAAAGUGCAACUGACAAAAGAAGUAAACAGUUGGAAAUUCUAUAACAAUACAAACGAAUUGUCUAUUCAGUUGUUAAAAAACUUAUUGGAUAUUAAAGUGUUAUAUGUAAUUUAUGGUUGACUCUACACAACGAGCUUUCACAAAGACUAUGGAUGUCAUGUCAUGUUUUGGUCGAAGUUGUGAUGAACAUUUUAGACAUUAUAUUAAUCCAGAUGAAGCAAAAAGAGCGAAGCAACGUGACAAAGAAGUAACACGAAUACUGAAAGACCACCAUAAACAAGAACUGAAGAAAUUGAAAAUACUUCUAUUAGGUACUGGUGAAUCUGGUAAAAGUACAAUCACAAAACAGAUGAAAAUAAUACACAUAAAUGGCUUCGAUAUGCAAGAAAAAAUCGAGAAGAUAGCCGAUAUUAAGAGAAAUAUUAAAGAAUCUAUCGUGGUGUUGGUAUUAGCAAUGCAACAAUUGGGAAUCUCAUUAUGCAGUAAAGAAAGCUACACAAGUUUGGAGUUUAUGCUGGAAGAAGCAGGAAACCCCAUGAUUCAACACACGAAAGAAUUUGCAACACACGUUCGACAACUCUGGUCAGAUCCAGGUGUACAAGAAUGUUUCAGUCGAUCUCAUGAAUUCCAGUUAAUAGAUUGUGCGCAAUAUUUUCUUGAUAAAGUAGAAGAAGUGUACAAUGACGACUAUGUCCCCUCAGAUCAGGAUAUUUUACGGUGUCGAGUGGUGACAACUGCUAUACAGAAUAUUGAAUUCAAUGUUCCUGAUGGUGGAAACCAAGUUAGAUUCAGUGUAUUUGAUGUUGGUGGUCAGCAAGGAGAAAGAAAAAAGUGGAUACAAGUGUUUGACAGCGUUGCUGUAAUUUUAUUCAUGGUCGAUUGUGGUAGCUUUGAUACAACAUUAAGAGAAGAUCCAACCAAAAACAGACUUCUCGAAGCAUUAGAAAUAUUUGAACAAGUAUGGAAAAACAGGUUCUUGCGGAAUGUCUCAGUUCUGCUCUUCCUGAAUAAAAUAGACGUCCUGGCAGAGAAGGUAGCCAAAGGUCGUUGUAUUGCAGAACUUGUGAAGAAAUAUCCACACAUAUUCCCAGAUUUCGACUCAUUUACUGCUUCAAACAAUGAAAAAAAUGAAUUCUUAGAUUCAUUUUCUACGACAGAGGAAAAGAAAAAGAAAGGGAGAAGCAAUUCAAGACCAGAUUUACAUCCAGAUGUCGUAAAAACAGCUGUUUAUAUAAAACAUCUAUUUAUGAAAAUCGUCAAAGGUGAAAUAAAUCUCCAACACCGAUCAACAAAACAGGACAAAGAAUGGCACACGCAUCAUAGUUGUGAAUAUUAUUAUACUUGUGCAGUGGACACUAAUAACAUCCAAAGAGUUCUGAAUGGUUGCCGGACGUUGAUCAUUCGGAAACACUUGGAACGUUUUGGAAUUAUCUAAGAAUCUCCGAUGACAAUUGAAAAUGUUGGUGCUACAAUUAAUAUUUACACUUGUGCAAUAUUUUUUUUAAUGAAAUUCAACGAAUUGUGUCUCAUCAUUCAUAUAGCUUGCAUAAUAUUAUGUAAUACAGUGAGUCGAACUUAUAAAUAGUCGAACUGCAAACUACACAUUUGAUGCCAUAAAGAGAAACAAAGUGCUAUUAUACAUUGUGAUAUUUUUAUGAACAGUGAUAAUGUCAGUGUAUGUCUGUAUAUUGCGUAUAUGUAUUUGGUAGAGAUAAAGAGGGAAAGAAACGAGAGGGUUAGAGAGGGAAAAAGUGAGUGAGAAAGAGAAGAAAAAAGUGAGAGAGAUAGCGAUAGAGAGAUAGAACAUUUUUAUUUAUUAAUAUAUUUACAUGUGGUUUGUUUUCACAUUUUUUCACAUGUAUAUUGUUUUUGUAUAUUAUUUAUCUUAUCAUUUAUUCAACUAAGAUGUUCCAAGUUGUCCUGUAACUACAAAAUGAUAUUCACUGACGUAAACGUAGGUUUUUUGAUUGACGACCGAACUUAAAAUGAAUUCUGCAAAGUGAAAUUCGACAUAAAGUUUUGAAAUAAAUAUUUAUUACACAUUAAUGUCUGUCAGUCUGUCGGUUAAUUCAAAAGCCAAUCAUCUACAAUUCUUAAGCAGAAAUAAAUGUUUGUUCUCAGUCAGAAGACUACAUACAUUUUGCUUGAUUGAAAAGGAAGAGGUUUUUCCAAUUAGAACAAGAACAUGGAAACAUAUGAUCAUUAUGUGUCAUUAAAACACAUGUGUUGAUGACUCAUUACAGGGUAUGUCUUGUUCAAGAUUCCUUCGCCACUAAGAAUUAAGAAUUGUUGUAAACUUAAAUAAAUUAAACUUAAGCGACCGGAAAAGAAACAAUAACCCAAAUGUUAUCAUCUUGUGACAAAAAAUAGAAAAUUUAGGUAAAUACCAUUAGAAUAUCCUACAUAAGUCUUUGAUUAUCUUUUUUGAAAUUGUUAUUUCUUUUUAUCAUUCCUGUAUGUUUUAGUUGUUAUAAAUU